AUGGCUACACCUCCACGUCUGUUACCUUCUUGUUCCGGCCAGAGAGGUAGAAAGGAGAAAUUCCCAGAUGAAUUUCCGAGCUUCUGCCUGAAGAUUGUGACUAAUGACGACCUCAGAGAUGGGAAGGAACUUCCAGAGGCAGCUGUGAGGAAGUACAGAAAUUGCAUGGCAGAUCAUUUAUUCCUCGAGGUCCCAAAUUGCGAAAGACCAUGGAAAUUGGAGUUGAGAAGAUCCACUCGUGGUGGCCGAAUUUGGUUAAACAAGGGAUGGCAAGAGUUUGCCAACUUUUACUCACUAGAUGAAGGCUGUGUGGCAGUGUUCAGCUAUGAAGGUGAAUGUUCUCAUUUCCAAGUACGCAUUUUGCAGUGGAACGAUAUGGAAUUAGAUUAUCCUAUUUAUGGAGGAGGUACACCAAAAAGGAAAAAACCAGAAGCUAAUCAAAACAUGCUUCCUGCCCAUUUAAAAGUUAGAGCCACUUCAAUUUCCACUGGAUCUUCAGCUGAUGAAAACCAAAAUGAUCUUCCUGCAGCUACCAGUUUUAAAUCUAACAAGCCAUAUUUUAUCAUCAACAUGACAGCUUCAUACAUAGACAACUCUUUUGUGUACAUAAAUCGAUCUUUUGCCAAGGAACAUCUUUGCAGACCAGGUACUUCUUGGGAUGUAACCCUGCAAAUUCCAGAUGAUAAGAGAGUUUGGACUGCUGUGUGCACUACCACCAAAAACAAAUACAAGUGUAUAUAUACAAGAUUCUCAGGUGCUGGAUGGAAAGCAUUUAAGCAGGACAAUCAUCUGGUAAAAGGUGUUAUCUGUGCGUUCGUGUUGAUAGAGGAGCGUACAUUCAGAGUUUCCAUAUUCCGAACUGAACUGAAGAUUAACAGGCAUACUGAGGAAAUGGUUCUGGAAACAGAAUACUCCAUUCAUGCUGGAAGAAAUGAUGGAACACCUAAAGUGAAGAACCAAGGAGCUACUCAAGAUAUGCAUCCUGCCCACUAUUCAGUUCCCUCUGGAUCCUCAGCUGAUGAAGACCAAAAUAUUCUUACCACAGCUACCAUUUUCAAAUCUGACAAGCCAAUAUUUAUGCUCAAUAUGACAGCUACAUACAUGCGCCUCUCUCUCGCGUAUAUAAGUGCAUCUUUUGCGACUGAACAUCUAUGUCAACCUGGCACUUCUUGCAAUGUGAUCCUACAGAAUUCAGAUGAGAAAGUUUGGACUGCUCAGUGUUUUGUCAGUGAACACAGCAAUCACCGAGUCCAAGCAAGUAUUUCAGGGACUGGUUGGAAAGCAUUUAAGGAGGACAAUCAUCUGGUAUUAGGUAAUGUCUGUGUGUUUGAGUUGAUAGGUGAACUUAAGCUAAGAGUCUCCAUAUUCCAAGGUAAAGUGAAGAUCAUUAGGCUUAAGGAGGAAAACGAAGCCAAUCUCAUUUCAUGGCUAAAUUGA